AUGGGCUGGCUGUGGGGGAACAACGGCGACGAGGCCAGCAAUCCGACCAAAAAGCUCGAUGUCGGGCUCCGAGAAUUUCUCGACAACGAGACCACCAAGCAUGAUACCAGUGAAGCCAGAGCAGUCGCGCAGCAAUCAGCAGCUUCAUCUACGGAUGCUGCGCCCACUACCUACCGUGAACAGCUAGGCCUGGCGGAACCCGGACUGGACCAGAAGCACCAGAACUCCGCGUCCUCUGACCGUGUUGGGGUACCUCCAGAGGCACUCUAUCAAGACGGACGAUAUGCUCACCUGUGGAAGAGCUACAGGCCACAAGCGGAGGUGGAAAGCGCGGGAAAAUCAGAUCAGGAUCGGCUCGCAGAUGUCAUAGCAUCAUACAAGGAUCGUAAAGCAGAGAUCGGACGCGCAGCGCUGGACAACUGUGCAGACUAUCAACUGGCCGAGCGUGAAUGUCUGGCCAAUGGCUCGUGGAUGAAGAAGAUGACUAUGUGUCGGGAAGAAGGCAAGGCGUUCAAUAGGUGCUACACUAUGCAGGCGCGCUUCUUGUCUGCGCUGGGCUAUCUGUCAUCUGUGCGCUCGGAGGAGGAAGAGGAGCGCAUUGCCAUGCACGCAGACAAGCUGUACCAUGAGAUGCUGGACCGAGAGCAGCUCCAGAAGGAUGCAGAGGAGAAGGGCCAAGACCUCCCUGAGCUGCCACCUCUGAUUGCGCCAGAAAAGAUCACCGCUGCGCUGGGCGAGGAUAGCGCAUUUGCUCGAGCACGAAAGCUGGCGAUCGAGCGAGGCAUGUCCAAUAACUUGAGCUCCUACACACCAGAGAAGCAGGAAGAGAUCAAGAAGCGCAUUGCAGGGCUCUCGCCAGCGGAGAAGGAAGUCGAGCUGCAGCUGAUUGCAGCCGAGUCGCGGUCGCAGCUGGAGUAUGCAGAAAGAAUUGCCACGCACUUGGUGGAGGAAAAGCAGCACCGCGAAGAAAGGCGAGAGCGCGGGAAGGAGACGAUUGGAGACACGCUCCGACGACUAUGGGGCACAUAA